AAUUAACAGGCGAUCACACUUGUUACUGAGAAAGGGAAAAGCGCCUUCUCCGGUGUAGAGUGGCCAGGUGUUAAAGGCCUCGUCGGAGGAACGCUCUCUUAUAAAUACAGCUUGCCUAAGCCUAACCUCCGCCUCCUCCUUCGCUUCUGCAAACUGGCACAAACCUCCCUUGCGCUCCGCCCUUGAGGAAGCCUAAUCCUUGCGCUCGCUUCCAUUCCCUACGCGUUCCUCCGCUUCUUGCUGUGUUCUUCAAUUCGCUUCCUCGAUCCGCAGUGCGGAUGGCCUUAUCCCAGAUCGCUUCACGAUUCAGUUUCGCAGCCAAUUGCGAUCUAUUUCGGACAAAGUAUUCCGGGCUUCCAGUUGGUAUGGGAGGAAGACGUGCUCUUUUUAGCCAUCCGGUGAGCUUGAGCUUGAGGGGUUCUUCUGAUUCGAGGAGGAUAGAGUCUUUGGUGAGCAAUGCCAGUGUCGUGGGCGCUGCCGAGGUGGGGACCGUGGUCAUCGAGGGGCCGGGGUUGGCUCCCUCUCAUGUACUCGCUGGCGGCCCUUUGCCGCUUGGUGCCACGGCUUGCGAUGGAGGUGUCAAUUUUGCUAUUUACUCUAGCUGCGCCACGGCGGCAGUAUUGUGCCUUUUCACGAUCUCCGAUCUGAAGACUAACAGAGUAACGGAGGAGGUUGUCCUUGACCCCUUGGUAAAUAAGACUGGGGAUGUUUGGCAUGUUUUUCUUCAAGGGGAAUUUGAAAACAUGUUGUAUGGCUACAAGUUUGAUGGGAAGCGUUCUCCUGAAAAAGGCCAUUACUUUGAUUUUUCCCGGAUUCUGUUGGAUCCUUAUGCUAAGGCAGUGAUAAGCAGAGAAGAAUAUGGAAUCCCAGGACCUGGAGGUGAUUGUUGGCCCCAGAUGGCAGGCAUGAUACCAGUUUUGAAGAAUGAAGUAUGCAUAAAUUUUGAUUGGGAGGGAGAUAUGCCUCUUCAGUACCCUCAAAAGGAUCUUAUAAUAUAUGAAAUGCAUCUACGUGGCUUUACAAUGCAUGACUCUAGUGAGAUAGAUUCUCGUGGGACAUACUUAGGUGCAAUAAGGAAGCUGGAUUAUUUGAAGGGACUAGGAAUCAACUGUAUAGAACUAAUGCCAUGCCAGGAAUUCAAUGAGCUGGAGUAUUUCAGCCACAAUUCUGUUCUUGGUGAGAACAAGUUGAAUUUCUGGGGUUACUCUACAAUAAAUUACUUUUCACCUAUGAUAAGAUACUCAUCAGUUGGUGCAAGUAACUGUGGCCUUGAUGCAAUAAAUGAAUUCAAGACUUUUGUUAGGGAAGCUCAUAAGCGAGGAAUUGAGGUACUGUUGGAUGUGGUUUUCAAUCAUACAGCGGAAGGGAAUGAGAAUGGUCCUAUAUUUUCAUUUAGGGGCAUUGACAACAGCACAUAUUAUAUGCUUGCUCCAAAGGGUGAGUUUUACAAUUAUUCAGGUUGUGGCAAUACCUUCAACUGUAAUCAUCCAGUGGUUCGUCAAUUUAUAAUCGAUUGUUUAAGAUAUUGGGCUACAGAAAUGCAUAUUGAUGGAUUUCGGUUUGAUCUUGCAUCAAUUAUGACCAGAGGUUGCAGCUUAUGUGAUCCAGUAAAUGUUUUUGGAAAACCAAUAGAAGGGGAUAUGCUGACAACUGGAGCUCCCCUUAAUAGUCCUUCACUCAUUGAAAUGAUCAGCAAUGAUCCAAUUCUUUCCAAAGUCAAGUUAAUUGCCGAAGCAUGGGAUGCUGGUGGUCUUUAUCAAGUUGGUAGUUUUCCACAUUUUGGUAUUUGGUCCGAGUGGAAUGGGAAGUAUCGUGACAUAGUCAGGCAAUUCAUCAAAGGUACAGAUGGAUUUUCUGGAGCUUUUGCACAAUGCCUUUGUGGAAGUCCCGAUUUAUACCAGGAAGGGGGUAGAAAACCUUGUAAUAGUAUCAAUUUCAUAUGUGCACAUGAUGGAUUUACAUUGGCUGAUCUGGUGACGUAUAAUAACAAGUAUAAUAUGCCAAAUGGUGAAGACAAUAGAGAUGGGGAGAAUCAUAACCUUAGCUGGAAUUGUGGAGAGGAGGGUGAGUUUGUAAGUAUAAGUGUUAGAAGACUAAGGAAAAGACAAAUGCGGAAUUUCUUUCUAUCCCUUAUGGUCUCUCAAGGAACUCCAAUGAUUUGUAUGGGCGACGAGUAUGGUCAUACAAAAGGAGGCAACAACAACACGUAUUGCCACGACAAUUACCUUAACUACUUUCGUUGGGAUAGAAAGGAGGAAUCCUCAGAUUUCUACCGUUUCUGCUGCCUAAUGAUCAAGUUUCGUCAUGGAUGUGAAUCGUUUGGUCUUGAUAAAUUUCCAACGGCAGAACGACUCCAGUGGCAUGGCCACCAUCCUGGGAUCCCUGAUUGGUCUGAAACCAGUAGAUUCGUUGCCUUCUCUAUGACUGAUGAAAUGAAGGGAGAGAUCUAUGUGGCCUUCAACACGAGCCAUCUUCCGGUAACAGUAAGUCUACCCAUCCGACCAGGCUUCCAGUGGGAACCUCUGGUGGACACAGGUAAGUUCUCGCCAUAUGACUUCCUCUCAGAUGAUCUACCAGACAGAGCCAUCGCCACCAAACUAAGAAGGUGUCACUAAAAGGACUAACACUCAAGUAAGACUUCAUUAGGUGCUUCAUUAGUAGCCCUGCAGUGCCAUUAUUGAUUUAUAAACUGAAGAGCAGCUUCUGCAUUCACAGCACAAAAUUCAGAACUGACCAGUUUAAGAAUUUUCUAGACCUUCUAUUCCAAUUCUGCAACUCAUGUUCCAGCAACAAAAUCCAAUAGAAUUUAAGCACUGGCUGAUCAAUUUCACAUAGGUGGAGAACCAAACAAGUUGGAUGCAACAUCAGUAGCAACAAUCUGGAAAUUAGUUUCUCCAUUUCUGAAUUGAAUCAACUUAGAACUCAACUCAAAAAUUACUACAAGGGCAGUACCAAAUCAAGACUCCAUUGAUACUUCAAUUCAGAAAUGAUAUUUACUGUAAAUGAGUUGCAAUUUCUGCAAUACAUUGAAGAUAUGCAGUUUAAAAAUCUGUAAAUUACUGGUUUAGAAAGCUAUGCAGUUUAGAAAGCAGCAAAUCUGAUUUCUGAAUUCUGUUUCUAUACAUUUCGGCCAAGUUUUCCUUGCUAUUGAGUCUUGAAAGAUAGCACAUUUAAUAAUGAAUCAAAAUAGCUCAAAUUCCAUUCAUUUCAGAUUUGAAUAGCAAGAGAACUUAGCUCAAUUCAGCAGAUUACCCCUGGCACAAAGCUGAUCUGUAUUUCAAUCUGAAUUCAGUUCCAUUUGCAAAUGUACACUUCUUUUAUCUUAAUAUCCUCUCUUACAAUUGUACAACUGCAAAGCUUAUCUUCUUUUCCUGAAAUGGCACAAAAAUUUUAGCCCGGAUUUUACUUUUCCCUACUGCAUUUACAGUCUGAUACCCAAGCUGUAAAUUUCUGUUCAGUAUCAGUUUCCAGCUUGUUUCCUGGUUGGGUAUCCAAUUUCUUGUCUAAAAAUCUUGUAAACUCUAGUGAAGUAAGAUCAGUAUCUAUCAACUCACAAACAACAACUGAGUUUCAAAUUUCCAUGAACAAAGAACUUCAAACUCCAUUGACACAGCAAGGUGCAGAUUUCAGCAUUUGCCACAUAACUUUAUAUCAACUUUGCUUUAUUUAGCCAACAAAAAUCUCAAAACUCCUUCGUCUUGUCUCUUAAGACCCCUACCAAUGCAUACUCAAAAGCUUCCCAAGUUCCAGUAAUUCUAGCUAGUUAUAAUCCAUUUCCCAAUUUGGCACAAACUUGUAAAAUUAUUCUGCAGAAUUCUAUACUCGAAUUCCUGCUCUCACUCUGCAUUUCAUUUCCCAAUUAGUUAGGCCAUAUUUCUCUUAAUAUCUCAGUCUAGAGGUGAUACACAAUUAAGUUCAGCUUCAAGAUCAAACAUAUCCAGUAGAAUCUGAUUUCAUGAAUUCAGAUAUGCAUUCACAGAUUUUCAGAAUUCACAUUCCGCAGGGUUCCAACUCAUCAAAGGAUAGUAAAAACAUUGAAAUCAGUUUAACACAACCCUCAAAAUUCACAUAUGCAAUUCCUGCUUUGUUUAGAUUCUAACUCCAAGCUUGAUACCAAUCCUUUUCUGCAUUAUGAUCUCUCCUGAUAAUACAGUAACAACAAUUGAAACCAGCAGUGACUUCUUCAGUUUUCAGCAAUGCAGUUUGUUCAGAAUUCAACACUGCCUAUGGCUAUAUAUCUAACUAUUUUUGAUCAACAGCCACAUAAAGAACCAACACUAAAUAAGUUCCCAAUUUCAGAUAUUUGAAACCCAAAGAAUCCCUUCUCACUGAAUCUAGGAAGCUUUCUAAGAUGGAAUUAUGUCUGCACUUCCUGAAUUUCCAGCUUCCACAAUAAUUCAAUCUGUUUCCUAGAAACUACCAAAAACUUCUUUCAUUUUUUUUUUGCAUUCUUCUUUUGUCUAAGUAACUGAAGGCUUAUUUAAGCUUCCCAUUGAUCAAGAGGCUUCAUUAAAAACUCAACUAUUGUAGAUUUUGCAGCAGAUCUUCAGCCUCUGGAAGUCCAUUUCAGAAAUUCGAAUUUGAAAUUGACUUCUGCAAUCUGCUGUUUCAGAUUCCAUUUUAACAUUUUUUUUCUUUCUGGAAUUCAAGGCUUGUUUCUGAUCAGCAAUUAGUUUGAAAAGUUGGCACCAAUUUCUUGAAACUCCAAACUCCUUAAUAACAGAAAAUAGCUUCACCAAUCUGCAACCAUUUCUUAACAAAUGAAGAAAGCAAAAACAUGUCCAUUUCUAAAUCUUCUCAACACCAAUUUGAUUGUUAUCAACUAGGCAUUUAUAGGAAUCUCAGCCACUGAAUUCCACAUUGCUUCCAUAGCAAUAAUAAUCAUACUGCUGAAUAUUUUAAACUGCAGUGGAACUGGAACAUUCAACCAUAAUUCAUUUGUGCACACAACAGCUCAUGAUUCUGUUAUCUAACACAUAUU